AUGAGUGAAGAAGUUGAUGAUUGCCAACUGAAAAAUAUGAUUUCUGCCAAGCAACAAUGUGAUGUUAAUAUGGGAAAGAAAGUAGGAAAAAAAUUCUUGAAUAAGAAUACACUAGUCUGUUCUCUUCAAACAAAAGGCGGACACCCAGACUUUGUGUUCUGCUCCGGUCCAAUUCUUCUGGUUUGCGAUGGGAUGUCAGAAAAGUUAAUCGUGAAGAAGCGGUUUCACAUGGAAUUUGAUAUCAAAAAAGUGCUCUUUCAUACAUUUACUUCGUCGAGAAAUGCUGAAAAAUUGGCAACACCGUCGAAUGAAAAGAAAGAAUCAGGUCCAAAGUCCAGAGAUUAUUUGAUUGUUUGCGGCGAACACAAGCUUCAAUUCAUUUCUCUCCCAGAUUUUCAUUUCUAUCACUAUGAAAUUCCAUUCAAACUGCGAAACGUUUUCUCUUGCUCCACAAGUCUUCUUGUUGAGCGCUUUUACGACUCUUCAACUGAACAAAACUUCCACAAUCACGAUACUUUCCAUCUCUAUUCACUUUCUGGACCCUUCGGAGAGUUGUUACCUGUGAUUUACAAAACGAAUGGCUUCCAUCCGCAGUGGAAGUUCUGCUGGCAAUCACAUCAAGACGAAGCUGGAAUUGUAGAUUCUGACAGAAAUUAUGUAGUUGUCUAUGAUCAAAAAGAGAAAGUUCAUCGUGUUUACAUUGCAAGAGAAACAGAAGAACAAGAAGUUCAUGCGGCUAUUCGAUAUGUGGAGACAUUACGGAAACAACACGAUUCUACAAUGUUCGCUUCGAGUUUGGCACCUCAUUCUGCUGGAAGAACUACACAUUUCGACCCGACAUUGAGAUCACCUAUGGGCGCUUACACUGAUGGAAUGCACACUGAUAUCGAUGGUAGAUCACCGAUGACAUCGCACCUUCGCUCAAGUUUCGGUCAUUCUACACCGAACAAUCCGGGUGCUGUUGGCUUUCCUGGGAAUCUGCCAACUCCAAUCUAUGAAGGUAAGGUAGAAAACAAAUUUAUUCGGGUCAAGAAGAAGGGGAUCGAGAACGGUGAUGAUGAUCGAAAUUUAAAAGAGUGA